CACCACACUACACCACACCGCACCACCACUCCAUUACACCAUUACUACUACUGUUAUCACUACUGCUUCCUUUACUACUGCAACUAUACUACUGCUACUACAACUACCUUCAGCACCACUACUUCUACCUCUACCACAACUAAUACAACUGCUACAACUACUACUACUACUACAGCAACUACUACUGCUACUACUACUACUACUAUUACUACCACUAUAACUGUUAAUUCUACCGCCAUCACUACUACUGCUACUAUAGUACUACUACUAGACCUUUUAAGUGCACCAACACACCACUCCACACUUCCUCCCCCUUCUUCUCUCCUACAACCACCGCCAACACUACCACCACCACGACACCACAUCACCUCUCCCCCACCCACCAGCCUUCACCUGGAUCUGCUAAUUGACACAAAACUUGACAGGUGCAACACACACACACACACACACACACACACACACACACACACACACACACACACUCAUGCACACACUCAUUGCAGGUUCAAAAGUCAAAACAUUCAUGACCGAAACAGUUGUGUACGUACGUGUUAGCGUGUACAUGUAAGUAAGUGUGUGCACAUAUGUGUGAGUGAAGCAAACAGUGUCCGUACGCAAGAACAGAGAGAGAGAGAAAAAAAAAAAAACAGGAAGAAGGAGAAAGAAAGGAGGAGGAGGAGGAGUGGUGUUAUUCUGAGGAUACAAAGCAACAGUGAUGGUGGUGGUGGUGAUGUUAGCUUGUGUUAAGGUGUGUUAGUGGCCUCUGAUAUAACUGUGGCGUGACCUAACCUGGCCUUACCUACCUUUACCUGACUCCUGACUCACCUGCGCUGCGUCAGUACUCCACCUGCCUCGUCCCCAUGUCACAGGAAGACUCAUUUUGACGUGGUUUAAGAGGCCAGUGACCUCAACAUGACCCCAGCUGGCCUGCUUCUCGCUGCCCUCCUGACCUCCGGCGUCGCCGUGAGGGGGGACGAGGCCGAGUACAGACUCACGCGGUACCUGAUGAGUAACUACGACAAGAGUGUACGUCCCUCCCUCAAGGCGACCAUGGCCCUCAACAUCACCUUCGGCCUCGCCCUCACGCAGAUCAUCGACGUGGAUGAACGUAACCAAAUCCUGACAACCAACUGCUGGUUAAAUCAGAUGUGGCUGGACUACAGUUUGCAGUGGAACGCUUCAGACUUCGGAAACAUUCAAGUGAUUCGCCUUCCCGCGGAGAAACUGUGGAAGCCUGACAUCAUUCUGUACAACAACGCCGACAGCCAGUACAACAACGCCAUCCUGAGCACAAAUAUCAUUGUCACCUCGGACGGCAACGUGACGUGGCUCUCCUCGGCCAUCUUCCGCUCCUCGUGCUCCAUCAACGUGGAGUACUUCCCCUUUGACGAGCAGAAGUGCGUCAUGAAGUUUGCCUCCUGGACCUAUGACGGAUUCCAGGUCAACUUAGUGAUCCAGACGGAGGAAGGGGACCUGAGUAACUACGUGACUAACGGAGAGUGGGAUAUGAUGGACAUGAUAGUGGAGAGAAACGUUGUCUACUACUCAUGUUGCGAGGCUCCCUACCCUGACAUCACCUACCACAUCAUCCUCAGACGCCGCCCGCUCUUCUACGUGUUCAACUUGAUCCUGCCUUGCGUCCUCAUCACGGGCAUCGCGCUCAUGAGUUUCUACAUGCCCAGUGACUCCGGGGAGAAGGUGACCUUGGGCAUCACCACGCUGCUCUCCAUGACCGUCUUCCUCAUGGUCAUUGGCGAGUCCAUGCCGCCCACCUCAGAGAAACUGCCGCUCAUUGGCUUAUACUACGGGGUGACAAUCUCUCUGGUGUCCUUCGCUACUGGGCUGUCGGUGGUGACCCUCAACAUUCACCACCGAGGCAUGCGUGGCCGUGAGGUACCCGCCCUAGUGAAGCGUGUGGUCUUCUGCUAUCUGGCGCGGCUCAUGUGCAUCAGGCUGGACGUGCCCGAUCCCAUGGGAGGACAGGGCCACCGCUUCCCGCCGCCACCCCCGUCUUCUGCUGCAACCUCUACUGGUGGUGGUGGUGGUGGUGGUAGUGGUAGUGGUGCUGGUGGUGGGAAUGGCCAGGCUGCGGGUGAGUUUGCGCCCCACGUGGACCUGACUGAUCGCCUGCUGGAGGAGGAGACCAAGUGUGAGAAUGGAGGGCGUUCCUGGCACCAGCCAGGAGAGUCUCAGGAGGAGAACCAGCAUUAAAAGGAUGACAGGAGGCUGCCUUCACAACGCCUCAUGCCCCGCCUCGCACCCGUGCCUGGACCACUUCGAGCGUCACUUCCUGCGUGUGCUCAACAAGGUGCACCAGACCAUCGAGAAGAACGAAAUCCGCCUCGCUGAGC